AUGGCAAAACCUCCGCUACAACCCACCGCCCCCAAAGCCGCCCCCACACCGAAAAGGCGAAGGCCGCGGCCGCCAGCAAAAAGGGCCCCGCGUCAAGCCUGCCCCACCCUCCGACGUCGGACAGGGUUGAACACGGCCAUCAAGAACCGAAAGAGCGCGGGGGUUUUCGUCGCUGUGGGCCCAAACAAAAAGUACAUCGCGGCCAACUACAAGGUUGACGCCGAAAGCUGGCCCCUUUCAUCAGGAAGUCCCUCAAGUCGGCCGUGGCGUCCGGCGCUCUCACCCGGGCCGAAAGGCAAGGGCCCCCCCGGGCCCUGGGUUCAAACUGUCGGUGAAAUCCCCCCGGAGAAGGAGCCAAUUCCCCGGCAGCAGAGGGCAAAAAGGCCGCCAAGAAAGCCCCGGGCCCAACCCGAAAGGCGGGGGAGAAAAGCCAAAGGGCGGCCAAAAAGCCUGCCCACCAAGAAACCGGCCCCCGCCGCGACCAAAAAGGGCCCGGGCUAA